AUGCAACAAAGCAAUAGUAGCAUUAAUGGUGGUGAGAUUGUAGUUGCCAAAUUCAACUAUAAUUCACAAGAUAGUCAUGAAUUAACAAUUACCAAAAAUGAACGUCUUAUAUUGCUUGAUGAUACAUGCCUCUGGUGGAAAGUAAAACGUGUCGAUUCCGAUGAUACAGGAUACAUUCCUUCAAAUUUUGCUCGACGUGAAAAGCGUUCUUUACUCGAUAAAAUUAUUUCAAAACGUCUUGGAAAAAAAUCGAUUCUAACCAAUGGACACAACAGCGAACGUAUUAUUUCUUCGGCACUUGUUAAAUUUCGUUAUGAUGCUGAAAGCGAAGAUGAAAUUAGUUUAAACAAAGGCAUAUGGGUAAAUGUAUUACAAAAGAAAAACGACGGCUGGUGGCUUGUACAAUAUGAAAAACAGCUCGGCUGGUUUCCAUCAAAUUAUCUUGUUGAAAAAACAUCUGAGUGUUUAAAUUCUCUAUCAUUAUUAAAUCAAUUAAAUAAUCAACAUAAUUCUCCUUUCUCAUCCUCGUCGAAUUGUCUUUCAUCGUCAAGUAGUGCAAAUUCAAAUCUAGUUGAAAAUCAUAAUCAUCAACAAAUUCGUCAUAAUUCUCAUCCAUUACAUAUCAAUAAUACAAUUGAUGAAUAUGAGUUUGCUAUUAAACCAUCGAAAUUAGCUCAUUCAGACGGCAAACUUGAUACGUGUAACAAUCAUUUGAUUGAUGAGCAAAAGAUAAAUUCAUGUUCAGCAUUAAUGCAACAUAAAGAUUAUUCAUCGUCAACUUUAAUCAAUCAAUUAAAGACAUUACAAUUAAAUAACGAUUCACCUUAUAUUCAUGAAAGUUGGUACUAUGGUUUAUUGAGCCGAGAAGAAGCCGAAAAAUAUUUAAAAUUUUAUGGAAACGAAAAAGGCGAUUAUCUUAUUCGAGACAGUGAACGACGAAUUGGAAAUUAUUCUUUGAGUAUCCGCGAUGAUAUUAAUACUGUUCGUCAUUUUCGUAUAGAACUUUCUGAGGAUGGCACUCGGUAUUUAAUCGGUAAAAGGUCAUUCAAAUCAUUAAAUGAUCUUAUCGAACAUUAUAAAACUCAUCCGGUAUAUGAUGCUGAUCAAAAUAAUAAACUUUAUUUAAUUAAAUCAUUAAUUAUAUCAGAUGCUAAUCAACAAUUAUAA